AUGAAAGCAUUCAGAGGAUGUGUUUUCUUGGCAUUUUUCUUUGGUUCGAUUCUUGCAGAAAAUAACCUGGUAGAAUCUCAAGGGGAUACUAAAUGUGGCACAAAACUGGAGAGCGACUAUAAAGCACUGAUCCUUCCACUUGAUGCCAAUGCAAAUUGUAUCUGGCAAAUAGAGAGAGACCUGAAUGCAACUGAGAAUAGUGGAAACCAAACAAUCCGGCUAAUCUUCUCUUAUGUCCGAUUUAAUCCGUCAUCUCCAUGUGCAAGAGAAAAUAUUGAAGUAUAUGAUGGUCCUUCAACUAAUGCACCUCUCCUGGGGCGAGUAUGCAAUAACGACAGCUCUGUUCCAGUAUUUCACUCAUCCUCGAGAACUUUAACAUUCCGCAUAUCAACAGACUCCGCAGUUUUCUCACGAAAUAUCUUUGCAUUUUAUUACUUUAUUGCACCAGAGUCAGCCAACAUUCCAAACUGCGGGGGCUACCUUACUGGAUCAGCUGGAACAUUCACCAGCCCCAACUACCCCCAGGCACACCCACCAUUUGCCUAUUGUGUCUGGCACAUAGAAACCGAAGCAAAAUCCAUGAUAAAUUUAACCUUCAGUGACAUUUUUCUAGAAUUAGAUGAGAAUUGUCGAUUUGAUUUUCUUGCCAUCUACAAUGGUCCAACGACAGACUCUGGCUUAAUCGCACAAGUGUGUGGCCGUACGAGCCAAACAUUCCAAUCUUCUUCCAACGUUAUGACCGUUGCAUUGUCUACAGACUAUGCCAACUCAUACAGGGGCUUUUCUGCUCGCUACACAAGUAUACCAAUAUUGGUUCCAGAACCCAACAGUAAGUCUCAUUUCUCUACAUCCCUCAGUUGUUCUUCAGACAUGAUGACAGUUACUCUCAACAAGUCUUUCUUGGAUUCACAUGGCUAUCAUGGAAAUGACUUGUCACUAAAUGACCCAACUUGCAAACCUACUGAUUUAAAUCCAGUGACUUUUUAUUUUCCACUCAACAGCUGCGGAACAGAAAAAAAGAGUGAAGAUAACACCAUCACUUACAGUAACACUAUCAAUGCAUCCCCAAGGGGUGAUGUGAUCACCCGUCAAAAACAUGUCAAAAUUACUGUUAAGUGUAUAAUGGAAAACAAUUCAACUGUAGAAGUCAUGUAUAUAACGGAAAGUGAUGAAGUGCAUAAUGCAACUGCCAUAGGUAGAUACAACCUGAACAUGUCCUUCUACGAAUCCAGUACUUUCUCCAAACCAAUAAAUCAGUAUCCAUACGAGGUAGAUUUGAACCAAACUCUCUAUGCACAAGUCAGCCUACAUUCCACUGAUGCCAAUCUGUUAGUGUUUGUGGAUACCUGCACAGCAUCACCAAAUGCUGAUUUUGGAUCACCAAAAUAUGAAUUAGUAAAACAUGGCUGUGCUAAAGAUGACACUUAUGUGGCCUAUUCAGUCCUUGAACAUUACGGGAGGUUCAGGUUCAAUUCCUUCAAAUUCCUGGAGCAUGAGCCAUCAGUUUACCUCCACUGUGAGGUUUUGAUUUGCGACAGCACCGAUUCUAAUUCUCGCUGCACUAAAGGCUGCAUCACUCGGAACAAAAGAGCGAUUUCUUCCUACAAAUGGAAAGGAGUUGCUAUGGUGGGACCUCUCCGCUUGAAAAGAGACCACAGUUCUAAGGAUCGCUCAGAUUCUUCCAUUGAAGUUUAUCCUGAAGAAAGCCAGAACACACAAUCCAACAGCCUCUAUGUUCUUACAUUCAUUGUAUUGGCUGCAAAUGUUGUUGUUCUGGCUGGUCUGGCAGCAAAGCAUCUCAUCAGUCGAGAACCAGGAUUCAGAUACCAGAAACUGUAG